GUGCGGCUCGGGGCGGGGCUGGGAAGCCGAUCAGCUGUUCCCAGAGCUGCACAACAACAAAAGGACCGGGACGGGCCGGCGGCCGCCGUCAAGGCAGCGACCGCAGCCACGCAGGAGCCCGGCCGGCCGCAGCUACCUCAGUGCCCGCCCGCCGCGCCGCGCCGCUCACGUAAGUGCGGGCCACACAGGCGGGAGGGCGGCGGUUGGUUGCCCGCACUCUGGCUGUCCUACCCGGCCCUCUCCCUACCGUGAUGUGCGCGGCGCCACCGAGAACCCGCGGGUGACGGGAAACCUGCUCCGUUACCCCGAGACCCGCCCCGACCCCUCCUGACCUCGCGCAUCACCGAGCCUGCACCUGUGGGACGAGCACUUCCCGUCGCUGCUGUCCUCAUCCGUCCUCGUCCGUUUGAUCACGGGCACUUGGGGUGUGCUAGAGACUGCUGUGGGCUCUAAAUACUUCAUUUUCAGAGCGUCGCGACCGCCCUGCGAGGCCCCAACUUUGCUUAUUUGAGCGGAGGAAACUUGGAGGCACAGAAAGAUUAAGUAAUCUUUAAGGCCACACAGCUAAUUAAAAGGAACCGGUGUUUGCUAUCCGCAGAGGGAUUUCACGUGCAGUUCCUUCAUUUUGCUUCUACUUUCAUGGGAUGAUGACUUUUCUUGCUCUUCACUUAAGUUGAAGAAACACUGUGCACUUUAAUCUCUCGUCUGUGACAUUGGGCCAGCUGAAGACAGGGUUUUGAAAUCUCAGCUAUAAAGAUAUCCAGCCAAAGUCUCAAUCUUGCCUUAACCAUGUUUCAGAGACUGAAUAAAAUGUUUGUAGGCGAAGUCACUUCUUCUUCCAGCCAAGAACCAGAAUUUAGUGAGAAAGAAGAUGAUGAGUGGAUUCUUGUUGACUUCAUAGAUACCUGCACUGGCUUCUCAGCAGAGGAAGAGGAAGACGAUGAAGACACUGAUGGAGAGUCCCCAGCAGAGCACACUUCUGUCUUCUCCUGUUUACCAGCAUCCUUGGAGUGUUUGGCUGAUCCCAGUGAUUCCUGCUUCCUUCAGUUUGAGUCCUGUCCAAUGGAGGAGAGCUGGUUCAUCACUCCUCCCCCAUGCUUUACAGCAGGUGGAUUAACCACUCUCAAAGUGGAAACAAGUCCUAUGGAAAACCUUCUCAUUGAACAUCCCAGCAUGUCUGUCUAUGCUGUGCACAACUCCUGUCCUGGCCUCAGUGAGGCCAGCUGUGGGAAUGACGACUAUAACUCAAGUGGUCCCAGGGCCAGAAAAAGCUGCUUAUAAGACUCAUGGGCACAGAAAUGGAAGCCCAGGGUGAAAUGGGGAAGCACAUUCACUGCUGUGUUGCAGCGCUUGCUGCUCAGGCAACAUUUUUGGAACAACCCAAGAGUUUUCGCCCUUCCCAGUGGAUAAAAGGACACAGUGAAAGACAGUCUCUGAACAGAAAUGGCCUCCGUCGCCAGAACCUUACCAGGGAUUGCCACGCUCGACAAAUGAAGCACAGUGGCUGGGUGGUUCACCAGCCCUGCCCACGCCAGUACAAUUACUGAGAACGCUGAGUUAUGUUGGUUGGUUUCCUUAGGUUUUCCUUAGGUGCAUAUGUAUUGGAUGUAUGUUCGUACAAUGAAAGUGCUGUCUCCUUCCAGCCAACUGAAGACCAAUCGCUAGUGUAUCAGUGUGUUUAGACACUAUUACAACCAGAUUUUAUGCUGUGUAUCACAUAAUGCCUUGCUCCUGACAAUUACUUUUAAAAAACCUUUUAGAAUAUCCUUGGAAACAUAUCAAUACAGUGACAGUGUUUGGGGUUGUCUUUAAGUACAGUGAGGUAUGUAUGUGAGUUAGCAUCUUAAGGACAUUUCUUACCCCAAUUGUAAGAAUAGGCAUCUUUUCAAUUUCCUUUAUUUUGUAUUAUUUAAUCUGUUGUGUAAGCAAAAAUUUAUUCUCAGGGUCAGCCAUAUACUUUAUUGACCAGUACUUGAUAGUCUUUUCUGUAUAUAAUGAGUACAUUUUUACACUAACAUGAGCAUUAACAGGUGAUUUUUGCCAUGGAUACAAUGGAAUUAAUGGUUGAACUUACUUUUGAAAGAAAACUUGACAUAUUUCUGUAUGUAUGGUUCUUUUUUUCCCCCAGAUUAGUCAUUGCAGUUCAUUGUGGAAUUCAGGUACAUUAACUUUGGUGAACAAUAUAUUCAGUAAUUCUGAUGUGACUCCACGAUAUGGUACAAAUACUACAGAUGUCGUGGACUUGUUUCAUAUGCAAAGGGAAAAAUCAGACCCAUGAGAUGCUGUCUGGAAUCUGUUUGUAGAUAACCUACAGAGCAGUCAGUAUUUGGAGAUGUCUAGAUUCUUAACUGCCAGCUCAGAUGAAAAUGCACAAGCAUGUGCCCAGACACUCAGUGACUUCAUGCUUGUGUUUGCCACAAGAAAGGGAGAGAUAGAGUGGUAACUCCUUAGACAUGGAGUCUGCCCUCCCAAGGGAUUUCUGGUGGCAUCUGUUUAUAGCACCUAAGUGAAGACCGAUGGGUUGGUCUCCACAAGCUUUCAUCUUUUAACUUCACAAUCUCUUUAACCACUUUGGCCUCUGUUCCUCCACAGCAGGGGAGUAGUAAUACUUACCUCCCUCACAGAGUGGUGAGGAUUAUACACUGAUUGCAGUGGGACUGUCAGAACUGAACUCUGUGACUAUUCUUCGAGUUGGUGCUAAUAUGGCUGGAGCACAGGGCUCCACUCAUAUACACCAGCUAAUGAGGUUCAGAGGAAAGGCCAUUCUCUUACCUCUAUCUGGUCAGCUCUUUGUAAGAGCAGUUUUGGUGGAUUCUGAUGAGCCAUCCACAUUUGCAACCAACUUUUUGGAAGAUUAAACCCAUUUACAACUUGAAGCACAUUCUACCAAGAACAAUACCAUUGCCUACGUAUUCAAACUGCUCAUUUCCCUAGCCCCUCUGCAACCACAACUAAACAUUUGUUUAUGAAAUGAUUUCAAGGAAAAACGAAGCAUACUGUUAUGUGAAGUAUUAUCCCUGAAGCAGCUUGAUGCAGGGAACCCUGGAAGACUUUCUGGAAGGAACAGUGCUCUCCUCUGAUAAGGCUGGGCAUUUAGAGCUGCAGUUAGAUGGGGAAAGGAUUUAACACUGGCUGUGACUAGAUGUCAGGAUGUCUCCUUAGUACAGGAAUCUAGACUUACUCUUUCCUUAAGUCUUUUCCAUAUUGACUUCCCCUUAUAUUUAUUUGUUUUCUAAUUAAGGGGCCAAGUCUGUAGAGUUUGUUAAACUGAGAAAUUGUUAUUAUUUGUUUUCAUGGAGGUGUGCAUAUUUUAUACCACAGCUAUUAUAGGGUCAUCAUAUGUUGGUAACUUGAAACAGAUCAGCUAACUGUCUUCUGGACAGAGGUUCUAAAUACAUGUAGCUUUCCCCCUACUCUCUUACAUCACAUGUAAGCUGUGUCUCACAAGCUGGAAGUUCAGCCAUCAGAAUUGGUUUGGCCAGCAUGAAUUGGUUUCUGUAUUAAACUAUACUUUGUUUUUGUUUUGUUUUUCGAGACAGGGUUUCUCUGUGUAGCCCUGGCUGUCCUGGAACUCACUCUGUGGACCAGGCUGGCCUCGAACUCAGAAAUCUGCCUGCCUCUGCCUCCCAAGUGCUGGGAUUAAAGGUGUGUGCCACCACUGCCUGGCUUUGUUUUUGUUUUUUAAAAACAACUUUCCCACAACAUUUAUUUAUCUCUUAAGUACACUUACAUCUCUAUCACUUACUGACUUUUCAUUUGCUUUGUCUAUGCUUAGUAUUUUAUUCCUGAAAACCAGCAAAGUUCUUAGUCAUUAGGUGUUAGGCAACUACUGUGUGUUAGAUACAAGUCUAAUAACAUAGAACAAUGUUAACCUGUUAAACAUUUUUUUUUUGAAACAAGGCCAAAAAUACAUUUGAUGAGUUGAUUAUGUAUUAUCAUUAUCACCAUCAUUUUGCUGUUUUACCUACUAGUGGUUUACAGUGUUGUUCAAUGCACUGAAAGCAUAAGCAGUAAGAAGACCCCAAGAGUUGGGGAUGUAGCUUAAUGGUAGAGGAUUUGCCUAACGUGCAAGGUCCUGAGUUCCACCCCCAGCACUGUAAGACAAAAACAAAACAAGCAAGACUCCAGAAUUUAGUAGCACGGAUCAUUUCUAAACCAAUAGCCUAGAAUAAUACUUGCAAAGUCUGGAAUACAUGGUAUGCAUCAGCCAUACAUCUGGAGUCUUAUUUUUUAGCUUUUAUAGUAGACCCCACAUUCCCCAAAGUUUGUGUUUUAUGUUAAACAUUUUAGAAUGUAUAUUCUGUUAAUUACUAUUUCCUGGGUUAUAUUCUGUACUGUAUAUAGGUACUUAAAGCUCACCAUAUUUAUCUUUUGUGACAGUUUGUACUGUUGCAUAGGUGGGGAAUUUUUUGCAGAGAUGCAAAAA